AGUGAUCGAAGAGCCUCUCUCUCUCUUUCCCUCUGUAUAUACAUACAAUACUGAAACUUGAUAUGACAGAGUACUGCAAUCGAAGUAAUAGUAGUGUUGGGUAAGCUCAGGAGCAGCUCUGUUAAUUGGCUUCAAUGGAGAGGAAACGGGAGAAGCUACUCACAAGGAUGACAGACUUCAUAAAAGAGGUGGCAGAUUGUGUGAAUUCUCCCAACCCAAGCGUAGAGGUCCAUCGUCUUGUUCGCUAUUGUCGCAUUGGCUCCACUUUUGUAGGGUACCUCGGCCUUCCUUUCAAGUUUGCUCAGAUGGAAUUCUUAUCCAAGGUUAAUGAUCUUGACAAGGGGGCAAGGCCCGAUGACACACUAGAAACCUUAAUUGACCGAGAAAUCCAGCAGAAUUUAGCUAAGAAGCCUUAUAGUGGCUCAAGGAGCCUGAUCAGAGUCAAGCGUUCGAUCGUGAUGCUAACCGUGAUGUUUGAGCAAAUGCUAACCAAAGGAGGGAACUCAAUUGUGGAUGCGGUUUCAAAGUCAUACGAAAAGUCCUUUGCUGCAUACCAUGGAUGGGCUACCAGAACUGCCGUCCUUGCUUCGCUUCCUGCCCUUCCUACAAGGGCCAAGCUUAUGAAGAAGUUGCACGAAAAUGGUAAUUAAUAAGUCUAUGUUUUAUGGACAUAUACAUCAACAUAUAUACAACACUAUGACAACAAUUUUCUGAUCAAAGUUGUAUGUUGUUUUCCAGAGGUGUCAAUGACUGCUAAGAUGAAAAGUUUUGUAGAUUCAUCAGCUGUAGUAGUGAACUACAUCGACAGUUUAUUUCAUUCAAGGGAAUUGGGCCAACAACUGCUUGAAUUGAUUUGAUCUUUGACUACAUGCAAUAAUUUAUCAUUGUACAAGGUUGUAGUGCUUUUUCAUGUUCCGAUUCUUUUAUUAUGAAAUAAAAAAUUAAG